CUUCCACUGCACGACGACCAACCAAGAAAAUGGGCUCCAGUGCACGGAAGAAAAGAGAGAAAAAGAAAGAUUUCCAGAAACAAAAACUGAAGGUGGGCAAGGCCAAACCCAAGGCCGAGAACCAUACCGACACAAGCUUCAGGUCUCAAGCCAUCGUUUUGAACCAACAGCUGGACGUGAAUGCGCCUUCACAAUCAUCCAUAUUUCUUCAUCAAAUUUCCCUUCUCGCUUCACGGUCCGACACUCAAAGGAGAGAUGCCCUUGCUUCCCUAACUAGCUAUGUCACCUCAAGCCUACCAACAAGCAGCUUGCCAAUCUCCACGAGUUCCCUUCUCAGCAGUGUCUGCCCACUCAUGCUCGAUGGCUCGGCAGGCGUAAGGAGUCAACUGCUCAAGCUCUUCGGCGCGUUACCCCAAGAGGACAUCCGGGACCAUGUGACCAAAGCUUUGCCCUACUUACGUGCGGCUAUGACACAUUUAUCACGGGACAUUCGACUCUCGUCGCUUGAAUUUGUGUCCUACAUGAUCAAAGUUGCUGGUUCGGAAUUGAUCUCGUGCCCUGGCGGCUGGCACCAAACCUUAGAAUGCUUUACAACAGUUUUAGGGUGGAGAUCAACCGACGCCAGCAAAUGGUCCUCUACUAAAGCAUCCUUCUCCGGGGAUCCCAGAUCUACCGCUAGAAUAAUGCAAGUUCUCGCGGAAUUCUUACAAGCAGGUCUUGUUGGGGAUGAGCAAUCUGCUUCUGGACCUCACCCAUUGCUUGCACAUUUCCCUCUAUGGGAAGUUGAAACACUCCUGGUGCCCGGGAAGUCCAGUGCAUACGCUUAUCUAAAUCUCUUUGGUCUCCAAGCUGAGGAUGAGACCCAAAUGCUUGAUGAUCAACAAGAUAGACUGCGCGACUUCGCGCAAAAUUUCGAGGGGCAUAUCUUGGUUGGCAUCGAUGCCGCCAGGAAGGAAGGAGGAGAGCUAGGCCGUGCUGCAGGCCUAUUACUCAAGAUUUUAGAGCGUGCACGAAGGUCUUGAGCCAUAGACCAGCACUCCAACGACAUGUUAACUAUACAGAAUUCAUCUUACCUCGCCGCACGCUGGAGUUCAUUCGGACCAUGCGAACCUCAGCCUUCAGAGACCACUGGGGCUGCUUUGAUCACUUACGUGCUUCGCAGUCAUGAAUAUGCAGAAGCCAGCGGCAUUUGAGUGAGGCUCUUGUCAACUGCCUCUAAACGAAGGAAGCAGACGCCACGGAUGCUGUGGAAAAUGGAUAUCCAUUUGAACCUUGAUUCAGGAGACCAUUUCCGAUGGGUUUGAUUCCAAUGCGUUCUGAGUAGUGAACAGGUGUGACACUUCAAGGAUGAAGGAAUACCAGGGAGAAAGAUGAAACUUGUUCGUCACAUCUGGACGGCCUGCACGGGGAGGCGGCAAGCCAGGGAACAUCGUGCAUAGAGCAAGACGGUGUCAGAGAGGCGACCGAGCAGACCUCAACAGCAGUACCCAUGUUCGAUUGACGAAGCCCGCAAGAAUUAGGCUAGGCAACCUGCGCCAGACCUGAUAGCGAUGAUAUGUAGUCGGAUAUUGCCCAUACCAGUUCAGCGCUGGGGUUACAUGCCAUCACGGUCAUUACAGAAUCCCACGAAACGAGGAAUGCAAGAGGCAGUUUGUUUGAGACAUGCAGAAAGAGAACAAACACAAGGGCAAGGAGCAGAACGGUCAAUUCAUCAAUCAUCAGAGGGAGAGGGAUGGGUUGGGCCGCAGGAACAAAGCGCCCGUCACCGCAUCCCCCCAAUGAUCCAAAUAACUUCUCCGGACCCAGGAAUCCAGGUCUGCGCAGCAUGCCUUCUGAUAUUGUGCUAGACGUUCAGGACCCUGCUGAGUUGAGUUCAGCCAGGCAGAAGAGGGGUUUGCCCAUUCAUCCAUGAAGCCUACAGCUUUGCGUUCUGCGAGGCCCCGGCCUUCAGCUCAGCAAUCGCCUGCAUCGCGCCGCUCUCUCCGCUUCUGAUCGCCCCCUCCAUAUAGCCUCUCCAGACAGUGCUCAAUUCUGUGCCCACGAAAUGGAUGUUACCAAACGACGCGCACAACGCUUCCCAUCCGUCGGCAAGAACACCUGGUGGCAUCGCAGGACAUGGGCAGCCCCAGCCUGAAAACUCCUCGUCCAUCCACGGCGACUCAUAAGCCUCGACAAAGAGCGGCCGAAUGUCCCGCCCCUCCGCAAAUAUGGCGCCGAUUUGCUUCAGCACCGAGGCCUUCUUCCUCUCAGCAUCUUGCGCUGCCCAUUUCCUCCCGAAUUUUCCGCCAACGAAGCACGUCAUGCAAGCCUCGUCGCCCAGACUAGUGUCCCGGAAGACCGACACAGGACCCACGAAUGAUUGUCCUAGACCGCACAGGUUUCUCUCUGUCCAGAAUGGCCUGCUGAACCUCACGAUAUACUUGGUAUAGAAACCAUAGCGGGUGUGGUUGGCAACCGCGCUUUUCGCCGCGGGUAAAGAGGGAGAAAAUUUGACGGUUUUGUACACCGGUGUCGGAAUCGAGAGUAUCACUUUGCGAGCGCGAUACACUUGCGGCGAGGGUCCUCUCGUUGAGACCAAGACGGUCUUGUCCUGCUGUUGAUCUAUCCCUCCGACAGGGCAGGCCAGUUUGAUCGACCCUGGCUUCAGUUUCUGGGCCAUCCCUUCCGCAAAAGCUGCAGUUCCUUCUCGAAUGCGGAGGUAUUGGCCUCCAUCCUUGCAAUCUGAGCGCAUGGUCAUCAACCCUCCACCGGCGGCACAAUCUAUGGAACACUUCGUCAGCCCCUUCACGGUUUGCGCAAUCGGAAACCCACAUUCAAGGAAGUACAAGGCCGAAACCUCGGCAGGGUCAACGCCCAGCAUAGCGUGAGUCCAGACCUGUGCGGUCGCGAAUGCCUUGUCUGUGACCUUUGCA